AUGACUCUCCAUGGUGAAACAGACCUCCUCAUGUGCAGGACUUUCCCCACGCUACUUGGGGGGCAAGCUUUAACAUGGUACACAACCCUACCAACUGGUAGUAUCGCUUCAUGGGACGAGUUGGCAAGCAAGUUUCAGUCUCACUUUGCCACAAGUCGCCCUGUGCCAAAAUCUGUCCACUCUCUAGAAAAAAUACGCCAGCAGCCGGGCGAGUCCCUCAGGUCCUUUUUAGACCGCUUUGAUAAGGAGGCCCUACAGGUACAAGGCCUAGACCCCAAAGUACAGGUACAUAUACUUCUUUCGGGCUUGCGACAUGGUGCGUUCGCGUACGAGCUCGCCCGCCAUGAGAUCACUGACCUGGAAGAAGUCAAGAAGGUGGCCCAGGAGUACAUGCGAAUCGAAGAGUACAAAGGAAGCCGAGUUGACGACGCCCACAGUCAAGAAAAGGCAGUCAGUAAACAGAAGAACCAAAUGGAAGAAAGUAAGAAAGGAAACAAACCGGCCAAAUAUUCAAACCGCCCUUCUGGGCGCGACACAUCAGGUCGUCAUACACAUGCCGUCCUACAAAUGGAGUAUAAGGAAGAAUCCAAGAGCACCCAGCAGCCUCAGAACCCGCCUAAAGAAAACAACAUGUACUGCAAGUUCCAUCGCAGCAACGGUCAUAACACUGAGCAGUGUAGACACCUCAAAGACGAAAUUGAUGAACUCAUCAAAGGCAGAGAGCAGAGGCGAGGAGGAGACGGCACACACCCUUCUGGAAUAGGAAGGCGAUAUCGUGAGCGCAGCAAAUCGCCUGAAAGAAGAUGA